GUGAGACACAAGGUCAGUGGUCACAAGCGUGUCCUGUUCGUGCUGUGCGGCAGACACACUUUCUAACACAAAUCAAGUUAAAGAAACCCGAGAGUAAACGUGAAGAAGAUGGCGAGAGGAAGCCGCAGCCGCUCUUCAGCUCCUGCCAGCCCAGCUCCAUCCCAUGCUCCAGUCCCAGCACAUCCACCUCCAGCAUCCCUGGCGCCGACUCCAGCUCCAUCACAGGGGCCUGGCCUCAUGGCCCAGAUGGCUACCACAGCUGCCGGUGUGGCAGUAGGUUCUGCUGUGGGUCAUGUGGUUGGGGGUGCCCUCACUGGAGCUUUUAGUGGAAGCAGCAGCUCCGAACCAGCCAAACCUGUGUACCAGGAACCUCCACGUCCUGCAGCAGCCCAACCAGGUCCCUGCCACUUCGAGGUCAAACAGUUCCUGGACUGUGCCACCAACCAGAAUGACUUGAGUCUAUGUGAAGGCUUCAGUGAGGCUCUUAAACAGUGCAAGUAUUCCCAUGGGUUGUCAUCCCUGGUAUGAAAGGUCAUCAUCUUGACGAGAUGCGACACACCACUAGUCAAUAAAGCAGCAUAUUGCUAAAUACAGAAUGUGAAAUUAAUUGACAUUCUUGUUGAUCUGCUAAAUAUAGCAUAAUAAAAGAUAAAAGUAC